UCCGAGGGGCGGAAGCGGCGCGCGGGGAGGGGCGUGUCGCAGCCUUCCGUGACCCUGUGCACGUGGUUGGGCGCACGCGGGGCCCACGGCAUGGAGCAGAUGAGCCCCCCCGAGGUGAGUGAGGACCCCACAGACAGCGAGGAGAGCGAGGAGAGCGUCUACUCCGGGCUGGAGGACUCGGGCAGCGACAGCAGCGACCCCCAGGAGGAGGAGGAGGAGGAGGAGGAAGAAGAUGAAGAAGAUGAAGACUCUGGCAGUGAUUCCCCCCCCAAAACACAAGCCCCGGGGACUCCCAGGAAGAGAAAACCCCCGGAGGAGGAUCCAGCCCCGGAGGGGAAGGAGGAGCUGCCCCCCCAGGACGAGUACGAGGACGACAGCUCGGAUGAGGAGGACAUCCGGAACACGGUGGGAAACAUCCCCAUGGAGUGGUACCAGGACUUCCCCCACGUCGGCUACGACCUGGACGGCAAGAAGAUCUACAAGCCCAUCCGGAGCAAGGACGAGCUGGACGUGUUCCUGGAGAAGAUGGAGAACCCAGAGUACUGGAGGACGGUGCAGGACAAGAUGACGGGGGCGGACGUGACGCUGACGGACGAGCAGGUGGAGCUGGUGCAGCGGCUGCAGAAGGGGCACUUUGGGGACGUCAACUUCGACCCCUACGAGCCGGCCGUCGACUUCUUCACGCACGAGGUGAUGAUCCACCCGGUGACCAACCGCCCCGCCGACAAGAGGAGCUUCAUCCCCUCCCUCAUCGAGAAGGACAAGGUGUCCAAGCUGGUCCACGCCAUCAAGAUGGGCUGGAUCAAACCCCGCAAGCCCAAGGAUGACACCCCCACCUACUACGACCUGUGGGCCCACGAGGACCCCAACUCCAUCCUGGGCCGCCACAAGAUGCACGUGCCGGCCCCCAAGCUGAGGCUGCCGGGGCACGAGGAGUCCUACAACCCCCCCCCCGAGUACCUGCUCAGCGAGGAGGAGAGGAUGGCCUGGGAGCAGCAGGAGCCCGGGGAGCGGCGGCUGAACUUGGUGCCGCGGCGGCACCGCUGCCUGCGGGCCGUGCCCGCCUACCCCCGCUUCAUCCACGAGCGCUUCGAGCGCUGCCUCGACCUCUACCUGUGCCCCCGGCAGAGGAAGAUGAGGGUCAACGUGGACCCCGAGGAUCUGAUCCCCAAACUGCCCAAGCCGCGGGAUCUGCAGCCCUUCCCCACCACCCAGGCCCUGAUCUACCGUGGCCACACGAGCCUCGUGCGCUGCCUCAGCAUCUCCCCCAGCGGGCAGUGGUUGGUGUCAGGCUCGGAUGACGGCACGGUGAGGUUCUGGGAGGUGAGCACGGCGCGCUGCGUGAGGACCCUGCCCGUGGGGGCCGUGGUGAAGAGCGUGGCCUGGAACCCCAACCCCACCCUCUGCCUGCUGGCCGUGGCCGUGGAGCAGUGGGUGCUGUUGGUGAACCCCUGCCUGGGGGACAAGCUGCUCUACGUGGCCACGGACCAGCUGCUGGAGUCCUACGAGCCCCCCGAGGAGGAGCGGGUGCAGCCCGUGCAGUGGGUGCUGCCCGGCCCCGAGGAGCGCGGCAGGGGGGUCCGGCUCAUCGUCCAGCACGACAAGCCCGUGAAGCAGGUGACGUGGCACGGCAAGGGGGACUACUUUGCCAGCGUGGUGAGCGACACGAGCAGCAGGCAGGUGCUGAUCCACCAGAGCAGCAAGCGCUGGAGCCAGGCCCCGUUCCGGAGGGGCACGGGGAUGGUGCAGAGCGUGAGCUUCCACCCCGCCCGGCCCUUCCUCUUCGUGGCCACGCAGCGCUGCGUCAGGGUCUACAACCUGCUCAAGCAGGAGCUCACCAAGAAGCUCCUCAGCAACUGCAAGUGGGUGUCCAGCAUGGCCAUCCACCCCGGAGGUGACAACGUGAUCUGCGGGAGCUACGACAGCAAACUGGUCUGGUUCGACCUCGACCUGUCCACCAGACCCUACCAAAUGCUCCGGCACCACCGCGCGCGCCCUGCGAACGUUGCCUUCCGCCGGCACUACCCGCUCUUAGCCUCCGCCUCCGACAGCACCGUCAUCGUCUGCAGCAUGGUCUACAAUGACCUCCUGCAGAACCCGCUGCUGGUGCCCGUCAAGGUGCUCAAGGGCCACGCUCUCACCCUGGACCUGGGGGUCCUGGACGUGCUUUUCCACCCCAGCCAGCCCUGGGUGUUCUCCUCGGGCGCCGACGGCACCGUCCGGCUCUACACGUAGCUCGUCCCCGGGGAUCCCGGCCCUGCUCCGGCCCCGGCACCUCCCUGGGGGCAGGGGCAGGGCUGGGACCACCAGGGUGGGGCUUUCCCCGAGCUGGGACCGCCAGGGUGGGACCCUCCCCAAGCUGGGACCGCCAGGGUGGGACCCUCCCCGAGCUGGGACCGCCAGGGUGGGACCCUCCCGGAGCUGGGACCACCAGGGUGGGACCCUCACGGAGCUGGGACCGCCAGGGUGGGACCCUCACGGAGCUGGGACCGCCAGGGUGGGAUCCUCCCGAAGCUGGGACCACCCCGUUCCAGCAGGAGCCCCCCGGGAUCGCCGCUCCCGCUCCAGUUCUCAUUAAACCCCUUUGGGUACA